UGAGGUCAUUAUAACAAGAGCAUGAAGGCAAUCUAUUGACCAGUGCGACUGGGCACACCAGACAACAUUCUUGUAUAACACGGACAAAUUAAAUAUCUAUCUCUGGGCUCUGUCAUAAUGAAGUUUCUGGUUGCUAUAUGUUUAAUCGUUCUGGUCGGGUUAUCCUUGGCCAAAGACCUAUUCCAUCCUAGAGGGUGUAUCUGGAAAGAGGGACUCUGCAUCCGUGAUUGUGAGGAAGGUACCCACGAGGAAUACAAAAUUCUGUGUUAUUACUUCACACCGGAACCAACCUGUGACAACCCUAAUCCGGUGCCUGAUACUGAGCUGAAAUGUGAUCGUUCCGCGUGCUACUGCGACGCCCCCACUGUGCGGGAUACUGCUACUAACAAAUGCGUGCGAUUGGAGGAUUGUCCUAAGAAGUGAUUUUGCCAAAAAAAAAAUGAAAAGCAUUGUUUAUGUUAACGAAAAUGUACCAAAGAAUUUUUUAUCUGUUUGUAAAAAAAAUUCAAUAAAAUGAAUUUUAAAAAACUCUAA